GCCUCGAAGAAGCUCGCAUCGGGAAAGGAAAAAAUACUUCAAAUUCUCGAAGUUGGAUACGUUUUCUGGACGUUUUCAAACGCGAAACAAUCGUGAAAUAUGUGCGUUUAAUGGACAAUAGUGUUUGUGCUUCGAUUAUCUGUGCGCAAAGCGUGAAAAAGCCUAGUCCGGUGAAGCCUUAGUGGAAAGCAGCGCUCUGGACAAAGUAGGAAACCAUCCGCGGGAUAUCCUGAUAUGUACCACUUUGUCAUGGCCGUUAUGUCCGUAUCAAUACCAAACACUAGAGGCCAACCGACGAUUCAUAGCAUAGGUGAUCCUCCCUCGGCGACAAACACACUGCCGCGUUAUCAAGUAGUACCAUCAACAAAACAACAGUUAGAAUCCUUCGGGCCCGGUCACAGCGCGUAGAUACACGCCCCAAGCCAGGGCCAAAACGAGGACAAAGUUCCGUUUAUUAUCAUCAAGGUAUUUGUUUAUUUGCUUAAGCAAAUUUUGCCGUUUCUAGUGGAAGGAAGAGUAUUCAGUUAGUGUUGAUUUAAGGGGUGUACCGCGUACCGAAAGAAAGCCAUGUCUGCGACGUCGUCGUCGUCCAGCCAAAAUACCAACAGCAACAAUAAUCCCGGCAAUGUGCUCUCGUCAUCAUCGUCUGCGGCGUCGAACAUCGUCAUUCUGGAAAAUCAGGUCCUGGAUAGUAACGAUGUAGUGGCCGCAGCCGGUCUCCAACAGUUGUCCAACGCCGGCACGCUGAAGCUGACAAGAGACUGUGCGGUGCAGUAUUCGAAUUUAAUGAAUAGCUACACAGCGAGUAGCAAUAGUAACACUAGUGGUAAUAGUAGUGGAACAACGAUCGUGGGCAACAGUAGCACCCAGAUGAAUACAGUGAACAUUAUACCGGGAGACGCCAAUCAGGCCAGCUCGCGAGUGCAGGUGCUUAGCAAUGUACAGCUGGUUUCGAAAGGUGGCUCCCAACCAUCUACGUUCAGUUACGUUGAUGCUAGUGGUAAGAAUUUUAACGUUCUUACAACCACCGGCAAGAUCGGCAGUAACAAGCUGAUAAGUGUACCAAUUACAAAAGUGAAAACUUUAAAUCACAUUGGCGGGCAGCAGCAGCAACAGCAGGCGCAAAUCGUUUCGUCUUCUGUGCAACAGCAGAAAGUGACGGUUCCACGCAGUAUCCAGUUGGUAACAAGGAUUCCAAACUCCACCAUUUCCGUCAGCAAUGGACGUGUUUCGCAAAUCGCUUCAGCGAUUUCAUCACCUCCACAGCCAACGAAUCAACAGCAAUUUACCAUACAGCAGUACCCGGAUUCCGGUGCUAGUUUUCCGACCAGCACAAUUAUCACUACCUGUGCUAAUACUGUCAGUAAAACCGUACCGGCCAAGUGUAAAUCUGCUGCGGCAUCACUCAGAAUGAUGCCAAAUGCAACUGUCAAUCAACUUACAUCCAAACCACCCUCGGUGGGAAAAGGAAUGAGCGUUAGUCUGAAGAAUGUCCGGACCAACUCCAAAGCAGCGGCGGUAUCCAGUGUAAACUCGCCACAGUAUUUUGUAAAAAGUUCAACUAACGGGGCAGUGCAACAGCUAGGUGGAACAACCUCCAUCUACACAACAUCCCCGGCCCAAGCGGUCUACCACAAUCCGACACCUCAUCCAAUUUCUCAACCAGUGUCGAAUCCUUUCGUAACAGCUUAUAGCAACACCGGAAAGGGACGAAAUGUCUACAAAACAUCAAAAAAUCAAUUGAUUACAUUGCAGCAACAACAGCAGCAGCAGCAGCAUCAACAACAGCAACCACUACAAUCAUCUCCGCAACGCUCUGUGACACCGUCACCCAGCAGCGGGUCGAUCAGUACAAUACCGCAGAACUCAGGGUACGGUGGCAGUGCAGCGUCAACUUUGGUUCAAGGUAACAAUCGUUAUCAUCCGAGCUACUACUCAGCCCCACAAUCCCCGUCCAACCAAGCCAGCAACAUCAACUAUAAAACAUUUAAUCAUCUCUACACAGGCGUUCACUCGUCCUCGACAGGGGCGUACGACUCAACGAUCGGUGCGUCAUCGUCUGCGGUAGAUCACCAUGGUCCUGUAGUUCCCUCGAUGACGGUAACUGGUUACAGCUCAUCGACGGGUAAGGGUAAAAAAUAUACGACAAUUGUGAACAAUGACGUGUCAGCGUCCCCGGUUAAGGCUCGAGGAGUCGGUCGAGGUCGAAACAAUAGUCUAUCGAGCUAUCAGCAACAACCAUCGGAACCGGGCUCCUAUCAACGCUAUUCAGCGUCCCCGUCAAGACCCACGCAACAGCAAUUCCAUCCACCGCCGCUGACCAGUAAUGCCGUAACCACUCUAGCCGGGGGAACUCGUGAUGAUCAAAUAUUUAUCAACGGGCAACAAAUGACGGACGAAGCAUCGGCUCGUAUACUACAGAGUUUGGCAAACAAAACACCGGAUAGUGGAGGAAAGUACAGCUGUAAACAACAGCAAACGUUUAAUUUUUACGGCUCAGAAAGCUUUCCGCAAAGUGCCAGUAAUCGUACCGGUGGUGUAAUGGUGAACCUUAGUAAUCCAACGCCGCCAGGAGUCGUGUAUGAUCCAAGUGAUUCUCGGUUCUACGAGGAAAAAUCGGAAGGCCGACGGUCCAGCACAUCGGAAAUCAUAACCUACGCAGAUAACAUUCCGCUGCGCGAAGGUUUUCCGGCCUCCUACACCUAUAAUCAUCGUGACGACGAUGAUCAAAUAGGAGAGGAAGUGCGGCCAGCUCCGGUUGACACCUCACACGGACUCCGCUAUCACAUCCUGCAGGCAGUACUCCAAGAUCAUACAUACGUGGCUGUUGGUCCGGAACUAAAGCUACCGGAACCACCACCAGCAGUAAUGUCUUCUGUACCAUUGGCGUCGGCCACUACACAAUCAAUGCAAAACCAGUCCUCUCAAAUGUUAGCACGGCUGCCGACUCAAACAACCUCCAAACUUCAGUCUAGUUUAUGCUCGUCAUCCGCUGGCUCCGUACCAUACCCCUCAGUCAUGUUGUCGCAAUCUCCAUCGUCACAUCCUACAACGGCAGUCUCUGUUUCGGCCGGUACAACCGCAAUCCCGUCAGCCUCCGUACCGGCUCCUCUCACCCAAAUGAGCCUAAGUACGUUGGCCGCAAUAACCGCAUCUCAACCGGGCAGCUGUGGCAUCAGUAGUAGCAGUGUCCCGUGCGGUGGGAGCACAUUGGAUCUCUACCAGCGAUCGUCAGCGACAGCGGACGUACCUACGAUGGAUGCGCAGGAUGACGAUGCCAACUCGGUGAUCAGUACGGGGUCGCGAAACUUGAACAGCACCGAAAACGAUCUGGGUGAAGAAACCGAAACCGCCCCGGAGGGCGAGGGUGAGGAUGAUUCCGUUACCCGUUGUAUCUGUGAUUUAACGCAUGACGAUGGUUACAUGAUUUGCUGUGAUAAGUGCUCCGCCUGGCAGCACGUCGAUUGCAUGGGCAUCGAUCGGAUGAACAUCCCGGACGAAUACAACUGUGAGAUGUGUCAACCGAGGCCGGUAGAUAAAGCACGAGCCCGUCUGCUGCAGCUAGAGAAACGCAAGGAGCAGUCGCUGUUUCUCGCGAACAACAACCUGCAGUUACCGGUCGCCGAUUCUGCCGUAAGUAGUUCCAACAUAAUCAAUUCUCAGUCUGGAACAGGAACAACCGCCAGUUCGGGAAGCGGGAAAGGUGCAAAUCAGUAUACCACCGGCAAAGCGGUUGCUGGUUCGAAAAAGAACAAAUCUGCCGGAGGAAGCGGGAAGAAGAAAGCGAACGACGGCAGUCCUGCAGCGAGUAAAAAGAAUAGUAAGAAAUCAUCUGACAGCAGUUCACUGAACCGGGUCAACGGAAAACGGAAAGAACUUAAAAAACCAUCGAAGAAAAAGGUUAAAUCAAAUGAACCAAAUGCGGAGAAAAUGAGCAACAUGAUACGAAACUGGAUCGAUAACUACGAACGUGCCAUCACAAAUCACUACUCGCCGGAGCUGAGAGCACGUUUGCAGGCGUUCGGUAAAAUGCAAUCACAGAAUCCACUGUUGAACUCCGACCGGUUAAUUCCAGCGAUGGAGGUGAUGAAUUUGCAACAAAAGUGCACCACCGUGCCACAUGCGGGAGGCAAAAUUCUGAUCAGCACCGGUGAUAUUGAACCACGAGCACCGAUAAUCGAAAUUAGGGGAAAGUAUAUGCUCUCUUCGCAACACAAGCCGCUUCAGUCGCUGUUUAAUAUGGCCGCCAACGGUAAGUUGGCAAACAACAAGAAUGCCGGACCUUUCUUAUUCCUGUACCAACUAACGCAAGGGGGGAUGGAGUUAUGUGUCGAUACGAGGACAUAUGGUAAUGACGCAAGAUUCAUCCGUAGGUCAUGUCGACCGAAUGCAGAAAUUCUUCACAACAUCGAGAAAGGAGUAGUCCAUCUGUAUAUUGUUUCCACUGCGAACAUCAAAGCGAAUACGGAAAUCACUAUCAAGCACGACGAACAGUUGAUUCAAAGGGUUGGCGGAGUGGUUAUUCUGACGCACACAACUGUCACGAAUCUCUGCGCCUGUGGUCUAAUCAAAGAAUGUCAAUAUUCAGCCCAACUGAGUGAUGGUUUGUUUCCCACACAAGCGGCGCCGCCAUCAAGUCUAGGAGGAGUGCCUACUGGAGGAAGUACCGUUGGAGGUUUACCACCGACGACAAUUGGACAGGUUAUGCCAUUUACGUCUAGCGGCACAGGUAAACCAUCCAAAAGUAAGAAAAAUAAUGGUGCUCUCGUGGGUGAUAACGAAAAGAAACCGGCAAAGAAACGAAACAGUCGUUCAACGAGUUCUAGUGCCGAAGCCCGCCUAAGAUCCAUCUCGUCAAGCGGUGAAAGUGUUAAUGAAAUGAUGUUGUACGCCCAACAGCAGCAGCAAUUGCAUCUUCAACAACAGCAAGCAUCCCUGCAGCAGCAACCAUCUCUUUCACCUGUGCCACAGCAAUCUCAAUUUCAGCAAAUAUCUUCUCAGCAUCUCAUCUCACAACAGCUGCCACAAACAGCGUUGCAUUAUAUUCAUCAUCAGCACCAGCAACAGCAGCAACAACAUCAGCCAACGAUUUCAAACCAUCCAGUUUAUAUGUAUAGUCCCUCACCCACACAUCAACCGACAAUGACGUUGGCGCCUCCUGCGCACCACCCAGUGCAUCCUCAAACACCACCCCCUUCAAGUCCCGUCAUGGGAAUGACCAAUAGGCCUGGAUUUUACACCGAAAUAAAGUCACCACUCAACUCACCGCCACUAAAUCUGAGUGGUCCACCGCCCCUGGUUAUCCCAGCAAUGGCUUCACCUGUCAAGUCAAUGCUUCAACUUCAAAUGUCACCGGUGCCCAACCAAUCUUCUGCUCCAGUACCAUUAACCUCUCAGCAGCACGAUCAUCAUCAAAUCCUCCCAGCGAUAGUCAAUGCACCCACGCAACAGACCCAACAGCCGUUGGAACAAAUACCACUCGAAUCGAUUACCCACCAGCAGCACUAUCAACAACAACAACAAAUAAUGGAGGACAUUUUGAGGAUCAAAAUCAAAUCCCCGAUCGCAAGUCCAAUAAAACAGGAAGUAGCACCUCCUAAAUCACCGGUGCAAGCCAGCAUGCUAUCACCCCCUCCGCCUCCUCCCAUUCCGAUUGCCCAGCGUAUACUCAGUGCGGAAACGUUGAAAAGUGAACUCUUCCAUUCCCAUCAACAACCGCAAGCGCAAGUACAGCAGCGUCAGCCGGUAGUGCAUGUUCCACCGUUGGCGAAUCUGCGCCCGCAAUCCCCGGUGAAAACCGAAUUUCCCAAAAUAGAAGUAAAGCAGGAACAUUCCCUCCUGCUCUCUCCGCCACGAUCUGUGAUCUCGUCAGCAAAUCCCUCUCGCUCACCAGUUGAUGUUAAAAUCGAACAACAGGAAAUUAAGAAAGAACCCGAUUUACAAACCGCAAAAAUAGAAGAUCCCCAGCCAUCGGCUGUGCCGAAAGUGGAACCCAGUGAGCAACCGUGUUGUCUUUCGCCAAAACGGGAACCUUCGCCGACUCCUGUGUUAGACGAUAGCAAAGAAGAUAUCGUUCCCAUGGCCGCAACUGCGAGUGACACUACUCCAUGCGACAGUGCACCAAACACCCCAGUCAAAUCUCAACCUCCAUCCGCCGUAACGACUCCCGUUGCUUCCGGUUGUCCUACUGGAGAUAGUAACAGAGGUAGCAAUAAUAACAGUACCAACAGUUCUCCUCAUUCAACAUCCCAGCAUCACACUGGCAGUAGUAGUAAAAAGAAAGCCAGUAAGGACUCCACUAAAGAGCAUACCGCUGACCCCGUGAAAGAGGAGAAAAAACCCUCACGAAAGCUAACUCGAGAGGAACGAAAAAUGGAAGCCAUCGUUAAGGCGUUCGAAAAAAUGGAACAAUCGCAACAGCGCAAACAGGAGCUCAAAGAACAGCGUAAAGAGGGCAAGCGACGCAGUGUAUCGUCUUCAACGCCUGACGAAAGUGGUGCUCCCGGGAGUGCAGUGUCAGGGCCGGCAUCAGCAAAAAAGAAAUCUCUCAGCUCGCAGCAAAAGCGGAAGAAAAAGAAAAGCAAAUCACUCAGUCAGCACUUCGGAUCUCCCAAUCAAAGUCGAAAGAAGAAAGUGUCCAAAUCAUCGAAAACGCCGUCAUCAUCGAAGAAGCGAAGCAGCUCAUCUGCACAGCAAAACACCCGUCCACAAGAGAGCAGAGCGGCAGAGUUACUGUUAACUUUGUCGCAAACAAAUGAGCAGGAGCGAAAAACGGAACAACAAUCCCUGUCGCAGUCCUAUUUUGGUGAUGAUGUACAACCUGUUGCGACUGAUGAUGCAGCAGAAAGCUCGACUAUUAACCUCACAAAUACCACCAGCAAACAAAACAGUGAAAAUGAAACACAAUCACCGUCGGAGACCAGUAUUCCCAGCUUACCGUUACUCAGUUCUGCCUGUAUGCUAAUAGAGGCAGCUGUAGGUCCACUGGAACAAGCAUCCAGCACGACUCCGACGGAGCAAGAUUUCAAAUUUCCACAAAAGGCGAAAACUAAGAAAAGCAUGAGUCGCGAGUGGUUAAGUGGUCAAGCAACUGGUGGAGAAUCACCUGCAACUCUUUCGUAUCGGAGGACAACACCAGAUCAGGAUUCCGGCUAUAUGAGCGAGGAGAAAACUCUGGACUUCCGACGGGGAAUACUAGCGGAUGAUAGUAUAUCCACACCACUGGGAGUGGAUGUAGGAGAGCCAAACAUUUGUAUUAUGGCGAAAAAGGUGGAAGAAUUCAUUGCUCAAAAUUCCCCCCAAUCCGACGAAGUUAGUGGUCACAAGUGGGAUGAUAAAGUUUCUUCGGCAGGCAGUUUAACUUGUCUCACAGCUGCCGGUUCUCAAGAGCAACAUCAAACUCCAACAAGUGGUGGUAACGUAUCGGAGAGUGCCUCCGUUAAAAAGCGAUGGCUGCGACAAGCCAUUUCCGAAGAAACUGAUGAACUAAUGCAUGCCUCAAAUUCUCCACCACCACCGAAUGGGUUUACUACUCCACUGAAGAAACGACGCGUAAUACGACAGUCAGAGGACGCACAGCAAACGCAAAAUCAAACGUUUAUGGCUGCUCAAAAAAUUGACUUCGCUGGUACGAUACAGCAGCAAACCAUAUCACAACCGAUAACGAGUAGUCCACAGCAUAAUUACCACGAACCAAGUCUGUAUUGGUCUAACACGGGUCCACCUCCGCUGACAUAUUCAGCACGUUCUCAUUCGAUGCUCGAUGAAAAGCAAGCUAUGGAUCUCUCGCGAACAGCUCCGAUUCGAAUAGCGCAGCAGCACAUAGUUCCUCGUAUUCAACCGUAUAAAAUUGUCCCUAUUGCACAAGCCCUGACGCCGUUGCAUUUUACUGAUCCGGAUCCACUGCCGGUACCACCGGUAACCGUUCAAUCUCAUCUUCACCACCAUCAGUUGCUAUCCCGGGAACCACAAGAACUGCAAAGACUUGAGACAACGCCCGUCGAACGAACUUACGAACCUCUUCCGCCACCAUCUGCAAUGGCAGCAAUGGUUCCAGCAUCGCUGAUACCGCCCGAAUUGCAACCAAUUAAUGUAGUAACUCCGGUUUCGUCGGAAGCCAUGCAACAACCUCAACAGCAAGCUCGAAUCGACAUGAGCUACUCCGCUUUACCUGUGUAUCAUCAACAAGUCAACCCAAGUUCGGUUGUAACUUCAGCGCCUAUACCACCCGUUCGAAACAUUACACGGAGCAAAGGAAGCAAAAAGUACAUCGCUAGUCCGGCAAAAUUUCAGCAACCACCGUCACCAGCCGAUUCUCAAAGUAGUUGUUCCGUAACGGAAACACCAGAAAAAAACUCAAAUCUCAGCAGUAGUACGGAGAAUAGUGCGGUUAAUUCCGACAUUGACGAGGAGCAGCAGUCUGUGAUUCGUGCAACCAUAUCCGAUCAGCAAGUUCCCAUGGGACAAUCUAUAGCUAUCGGUGAGGAAGCAGUUAUCCUUCAACAAACCGAAGCUGAAGAACCAAUCGGUACGGCACCAGACGACGGUACUAAAGAGUAUGAUCCUGUGGUGGAGGACGUUGUGAUGGAAAAGGAGGAGACUUUCAUGCAGGAAGAACAGGUCGUAUCUAUGGGUGAGGUCUUUGUCGAGCAAGAAGUAGUUCCGAUGGACACUAGCGGCGAAACAGUCACAAACGAUGACAGUGAUUUAUUGGAAUCACAGGAAGGAGAAUCGUUCGAACAACAGCAAAAACGUCCCCUAACACCCGUAAAUGUAUCCGUUGUUGCUCCUCUAACAACCACCAUUGUUGAGAAUAUCAAAGCGUUGAAUGGUCGAGAUAAGCCAACACUUCUGGCAGGGGAUCGCGACGAAAAUGAGUUGGAAGAUUUACAGAAAGUAAUCGCAUCGUUUCAUUCCGAAAACAUAAUGAAUCUAAUUUCUCGAAACAAAAAGACCAAGAAAAGCACUAGCCGCGAAGGUAGCGGGGAAGACAGACCACGAACAAAAAGACUACCCAGGAACAGGCAACAUGCGAUUAGUGUUGCUGUUUCACCGCCUCCAAAAGCUGCAAUACCUGCCGUACCGCAGGUAGGCAUGAUGGGUGAAAUGGAAGCAGUAGAAGAAAUAAAGACAUCGGUUGAAGGUGUUGAGAUUUCAACGACAAUAGCUGAAGCGUCAGUUGCUCUUUCACAGCCAGUUGUCCAGCAACCAACGUUCGAAUCAGCUGUCUCUGCAAUACCUGUCCUAACGAGAACUUAUUCUCAACCGUCGUGGUUAUCGGCAACUACCGAAACGUUCCGAGAGGUUGGAUCUGAAGUACGAAGUUUGUCGAGCCUUCGGCCGGACAUUCCCCCAAUUAGCUACAACUCACCAAGCACGUAUCAAUCGACAGCGGCAAGAAAUCUGCUCUCAUCACUUUCCGUUGGCUCCGAGCCACUGUCCACUUUGGGAAGCUAUCGAACAGGAACGUCAUCGUUCCUCGAUUAUCCGAAGCCGUCGAUAAAUAGCAUACCGGCUGUCGUCGGUGCAACAACUAGCAUAUACCAGUAUCGCCCAUCAACUGAGAUCAGUACUCUGUUGGAGAAAGGUUUCUCCAGUUCUAGGCCAUCCAGUUUCUCAACGUUGUCUUCCAGCUCCACCAUCAUCGGAACGGAACGGACCGGAACUGCUGUCAUUAGUAGCAAUACUAGUAUCGGUACUAGUAGCAGCACCAUUCUUUCGUCCUCUACUCUUGGUGUUAGUCCCAAAAUAACCGAAAAUUUGUCAACUCUCGGUGGCAGCAACAACGCUACAAGUUAUCCGAAAAUUUUCACUAAAACAGCAAGUUCAGAUCCACGGUUAAAUCCAGCGCUGACGGUUCCGGAACCAGUGACUCCAAUCACACCAAAGCGAAAACUUUCCAUCAACGAAUACCGUCAGCGAAAAAUGCAAUCCUGUCCGGCUACAUCCACCUCUUCGGUAGCUUCGUCUUCCAUGGAAGGAAUGAUAGCCGCAGCUAGCAGUAGUACAGCGCCAUCUUCAGCCUCCUCUAGCAAUAGCAAUAGCCGCGACGGCAGUAACCUAAUCAGCAGCAGUCUGGAAAGCAACGAUGUCAGUUCGUCCAUCAGCAAGGAGUUGAAUCUCGAGUUGGAACUGGAACUCAGCAGAUCAGAAGACGAGGAGUCUGAUGCAGCUGCCAGUAAAGGUGUCAUGAUUGAACUAGAGGAGCACGUUUCCGCCACAGAGGUUCCGAUAGUGACGGAUAUGGAAGAAACUACGGUAGUAAUCGCCGCAGCUAGUGAACCCACCUCAAGCAAGGAUGAUGCAGUGCAAAGUGAAAGAAAUUAAAACUCAAGCUUAGUGUUUAGUCUUCAACUGUCAACGGAACGCGAAGUUUCUAUGUUUCAGUUUCAAAUACCAUAGGAAGCGGAUAGCGCGAAUUGUUUAUGAAGCGCCUUUUUUCACCCGGCAUUGGUUACAACAACGCGCAGCUGAUGUGGUGGUAAAUUGACAGAUUGCAACCGUCCGGCUGAUGAGUUCCUGACUGGAUGUCGAGCGCGGAUAGUAUCGGGCUAAUAUUACAGCAAGCUAAACCAAAAACGGAAUCACGACGAAAUUUGACAACCCUGUAAGAACAACAACAACUACUACAACAACAACAGCAAGGUAAACUACUAAGAUAAACACUAAUGAAGUUCGAAGGUGACGCUGGCAGUCGAAUUCGAAUUACCACAAUUUAUGUAACUGGCAGGAAAAGCUAGUAUUAAGCAUGAAAAAAUGAUGCUACUGCUGCUGUCAAAAAUUACAUAUUAGCAUACAACAACAAGUAUGAAUUGAGUCAAGAGGGACCUACUUCUUGUGGAAGUAGCGUAAUAGUAGUACUAGUAAUAGUAGUGGUAGUAAUAGCAUUCGGUAACUGCAAGCAUCCAUUGAGUAACGCUUGCCAAGAUUACGUAACCGUAUAAAUACGUUCAUCGCCGACAGCUCACAGCAUUUGUAUGGAAGCCAUGUUGUAAAUAGUUUCUUACGAUAAUAGCACUGUGUAAUUAAAAUCCAUCUCUUUCCCAAAUUUAUCUUGGUUUUUUUGCGCCAGGUAGUGUUAAUCUUGGGGAUAAGACGAUCGACUGUUUAAAA